AACGAAAAACUUGACGUUCGGCGUCAAGAAAAUUUGUGCCCGCAUUGAACGAAUAUCCUGGCUUAGUGGCUCCACUCUGGCUUGCUGCAACAGAUUUAAUGUUUUAUUUUUUGCAUUCUGGUUUCUAUAUGUAAGUGUCCAUAUUAAACUACAGCCUGUCUAUAAAAUGACAUCAGCCCGUGUCCAAAAUCCAUAGCCGCCUAAGCCCAAAACAAAUAUUUGAACCAAAAAGAAAAAAAUUAAAAUCAUUACCUGAACUUUAUAUCCCAUCUCAUCCCCUCUCUCGCUCGAAGUUUCUCCCACUGUUCUACUCGUCUCCAAAUACCUGCCCUCAAUAAUUGGGAACUUCAUUGCUCCGAGGACUGAAUUAAUUUUCCCAAUGUCGGAGACUGUUAUCACUUCGGAGGCAGCUUCCACGUCAACACAAUUCAACCAUCCGUCGCACACAAUCUGCCGCGUAUGUGAGAAGCAGUUUUCUCAAUAUACUUGCCCACGUUGCAACAUUCGAUAUUGCUCUCUUCACUGUUAUAAGUCUCAUAGUCUUCGGUGCACUGAAUCCUUUAUGAAAGAGAAUGUUGUUGAAGAACUGCAGCAGCUGCAAUCUGAUAAUGAAACUAAACAAAAAAUGCUAGAUAUUCUUAAACGAUUUCAUGAGGAAGAGGAGACAGAUAGCAUGGAUGAAGAUGAUUCAUUUCUGUCAGAGGAGACUAUUCAGAAGAUUAUGUCUGGAAACCAGAUAAGCAUUGAUGAUUUGUCUGCUGAGGAGAGGAAGCAUUUCCAGAGAGCUGUAGCCUCGGGAGAGCUCAGCAAGUUGAUUAAGCCAUGGGAUCCAUGGUGGCUGAAGCCUUCUGCUAAAUACAUAUCACUCAGCCAAGAUGGAGCUAGCCUUGUACAACCACUUGUUCAGCAAGAUUCUGUGGAAUCAUCAGAAAAUUAUAUGGAAGGCAAUCAGUUCCAUGACAUUCCACCCGGCCCUGGAACUCCACUACCACCAAUUAGCAGGCUUAGUACUGCUGGUCCAUCCCCUCUAUUAGCUGUUCAUCUCAUUGACAUUAUUUACAGUUACUGUUUUACACUUCGACUGUACAAUGGGGACUGGCAAUCAGAUGCGCAAGAAUCUACGAUGGUAUUGCUUAGUGUAUCUUCUGUCCUGGGUAAAGGUGGGCAACCUGGGACAGUGUUGGAAGCUUUGUUGCAUUGCUUGGAGCAAACUUCAUCUUCUUCAUACAGGCAUAUGGGUGGCUUGCAAUUCGGAUUGGGGCUCCUCGAUGAUGUAAUUAGCCUACUUAAUCUAGGAGGUGCAGCUUUAGUUUGCUUGCUUUGUGAUACACAGAGGCUGAUUCUGGCAGCUGAGAAAGAGCUGAAGUCGGAGAAACUGCAAAAGUCAAAAAGGGUGGAAAUCAAGAACAAGCUUAAAUCUGCUGAGCGGAAGGUUUACUUCAUAAUGUGUUGGGUUCACGAGCAGCCGGCUGAAGUGUGGCUUUCCUUGGCUGCGCUAGUGAAUAAAGAGAAAUCAUCAGCUGUGGAAUGUGUGGUUAGUAAAAGAGGUGCUGUGAGAACAGAGAAAGUGGAAAGAACAGGCAAGCCUUUGAUUAAGGAGAUAUAGUGAAUAGCUUCCUCUCUAGUAUCCUUUCACUGUACUUUUCCAUUUGUUGCCGAAGAAUCUUUACUUGCCUGUUCCAUAUAAUGGAAAUAUCAUACAAUGCUAGUGGAAAUUACAGCCACUGCGAAAGAAUCCCCAGCCAACUAAAGGAGCUUUGUACAGGUCACCCUUCUCAAAAAGUGCUGGAUCUCUAUAUACUGAGAAUCUGUAAUUAUGUUGUAUCCAUUGUCUAAUCAGCCGGCAGUUAUUUAUCCCUGAAAAUUAAGUUUAUGGAUUUUUUUUAUUAUUCCAGAGACAGGUGUGAAGUUAGGUAUGAAAGUUGAGCUUUUUUCCUUUUUCUUUU